AGCACGUAAAAUAGGAGCAUAUGAGGACUUUGUCACCAAAGUUGCAGUUGAUUAUACCCGGUAGAGUGGAUAAUGAGUGGGCUGAGAUGCUUCUAAAUUGUUCUUGGAAACCAUUAGAUUUAAAUGCUGCAAUUAGAAUGCUUGAAGAUAAGUCGAAUGCAAGAAACACCAAAGAUGGUUCCAGUGAAUGUGAAGGGGAUUCACCUGAAAAGAACAAACUAGGCAAUAACUGCCAGGAUAGUACCCAGGAAAGCCAGGAUUUAGAAACUAUCAAGUGGAUGAAUAGAGAUGAAUAUCAAGCUCGUAAGAGAAGUUUCUUUUAUAAAAACUGGCCUUCAACUGAUGACUCAGAAUGUGAGUGGCUUCUGGCAAGAAUACAUGCGACAUUUGAGCUGCUUAUCAAACACAACUAUCUUGCCUCAAGUCACCUUAGCAAGGUUAUAUACUUUGCAGUUGAGCAGCUGCAGGGUCUUGCUGAUGAUUCUCAUCUUCUUAACUACAAUAUGGACCAAACACCAUUGUGUAUCUGCUUUCUGAGUGCUCCCAAUCUUGAGAAAAUCAUGACUUUUUUGGGGGAAAUUUUGCGUGACAUUUUUUCUUUUCCACCUGGCAAAUAUUCUGAUAAAAGAUAUUCAACGGAUGAUUCAAUAAGUUGUACUCAAGUUGUUGACACUACAGAGAAGAAAACUUUUGCUCUAAAUGAUUUAGUUUUGGUGCUUGAUGAGCUUUUCCCUCCCUGCAAGCUGAAUUCUUCAUUGUAUGAUGAUUCCAGUUCAGCUACUUCAUUGUGCAACUAUUAUAAGAACAACGAUGUCGUGCUUGAUUCAGAUGCAUUACUAUCCUGGAUAUAUACAGGCCCCUCAAGUGGGGAACUAUUGGCAUCCUGGACAUGUGCAAUGGAAGAGAGAGUACAACAAUGUAAGGAAAUUCUCGAGUUACAUGAAAAGGAAUUUUACAACCUGCAGGGCUUGUGUGAGAUAAAAUGUGAGGGUUUAAAUUACGAGGAAGCAUUGCAAGCUGUGAACGAUCUCUGUUGCAAAGAGAGAAUUAAAAGAGAGCAUGAUGUCCCACAAGGUUAUGACCGUGUCUUGAUGAAGCGGCUAGAAGAGCUCGUUGGAAGGGAAAAUGGAAUUACUGUUAUCAGUAGUAGGUUUGAGCUAGACAUUAUAGAAAAUAUUUUGAAGGAUGCAGAAUCUGCCAAAAAUGACCAUACGAGGACAAAAGACCAUUUACAUCAGGUGGACUCCUGCAUAGAAGGUGCAAUACAGAGACGUCAAGAACAAGCAUCUAUUGAGCUCAGUAAAGUUGAUGCAAGGAUUCUGCGAGUUGUAAGUUUGAUGCAGCAGUUGGAAAUUAAACUUGACUCUGCAUCUGCCCACGAUUUCAGAUCAAUGUUCACGCAUCUAGUGAAAUCAUAUUUGCGAACACAUUUGGAGGGUCUUGCAGAGAAAGAUGCCACAAAGAAAUCUGAUGCUGCUGGAGAAGCACUUUUAGCAGAACUUGCUCUUGAUUCUGAACAGGGUUUUGGUGGAGGAUGCAAUAAAAGAAAAAACAAGAAGAGUAGGAGAAACAAGGAAUCGAAGGCCACUGGUGGUAAUAGGCUGCAAAUGAUUCGUGACCAGAGAUCUGAAAUGAUAUCACAUAUAAGGGUUCACGACUGGGAUGAUCCUGAUGCUGAAGUUUCUUUUGCUGGGACUGAUGUCGCUUCAAGACAUCAGAAAGAGGAAUACAAGCAUAGAAUCAAACUCAAAUUUGAUGAACGAAAGCUUGAAGAAAAUUUGAAAUAUGAAAGACAAAUUGAAAAUGAGGCAAAAGAGAAGCAUCUUGCAGAGCAACCCGUAUCUUCAGAAAAGAACAAUGUUGAAGUUGGUCAACUGAGAUCUAAGGAUAAUCCCAAUGGUGAUGGAGCAUUGCCACUAAAGAAGCUUUCAGAAAUGGAUGACUUGGAGUGUUCGUCAAUUAAGGUCAUGGAUGAUGUUGCUCAUGUAAUGGAUAUAUAUUUACCUGGUCUGACAAACAAAAAUGAUGAAUAUAAUAGCUUUCUCAACGUCAUAAUACAGGCCUUGUGGCACUUGAGACGUUUUCGAGAUGAACUUUUGAGAACAUCAACUGGACAUAUUCAUGCUGGUGAUCCUCGUGUUACAUGUGCUUUAUAUGAUAUCUUCACUUCUCUGAACACAGCAUCAACUGAUACUCAAAGAGAAUCUGUUGCGCCUAGAUCUUUGAGGGUUGCUCUGAGCAACCGGUCUCAUGACAGUAAGUUCUUUCAGGAGGGACAGAUGAAUGACGCUUCAGAAGUGCUUGGGGUAAUAUUUGAUUGCCUUCAUCAGUCAUUCCCUUGCAUAGCACCACCUGUUCAACGGUUUGGCUCCUUGGACUACAAGAAGUUAUCUUGUAUUUCACACUCACUUUUCGGAAUGGAAAUAUUUGAAAGAAUAAAUUGUGACAGUUGCGGUUUGGAAUCCAGACAUCAAAAGUACGAUUCAUUUUUUCAUAAUAUCAAUGCCAGAGAUCUCAGGACAAUGAAGGUUAAGUGCCCAGGAAAUUCAUUUGAUGAGCUUUUAAACUUGGUUGGGAUGAGUCAACAGUUAGCUUGUGAUCCAGAGGUUGGCGGCUGUGGAAAGCUCAACUACGUUCAUCGUGUUCUCUCAGCUAAGCCCUAUGCUUUCGUAUCCGUUCUGGCUUGGCAGAAUACUAGUGAAAGUUCAGAUGACAUAACGGCAACAUUAGCAGCCUUGACUACUGAGAUUGAUAUCAGUGUGCUUUAUCGUGGUAUUGAACAAAAAAGUAAACAUUGCCUGGUUUCCUUGGUAUGCUUCCUUUCCUAUACUUAUUGUUGGGAAAAUGACCUCCCAAAGAUAGCCCAAAGAUCAAACAAAGUUGGCAAAGGGAAAAACCAGCUAUAUAAAUAG